GUGAAUACAGUAUACACGAAAUGAUAUGUCAGUUUUUUGAACUGUUAGCAAUGUCGAACAAAUGUUUUAUCGUGAUAGCAGGAACUGUGGACAAUUUAUCGUUUCACUACGCGUGCUUCAUCGCUCUAAAUCUUUCCAGGUUGUUGCCGAAUUUCCAUUUCCAAAAAAUUUGUAAAGAUGUCACGGAAUGGGAGGCACACGAAGUGGAACGGAAAAUUGGCAGCUUAGAAAUAAAGAAAGAAUAUCGCCGCGUGACCGUCGUAGGCGCCGGUAGAUCGCUGUGCUUAGACUUGAUUUCUCAAUUAACAGCAAUAAGGGAGUUGCAUUUGUCACGCGGAAUUGUCUUCAGUUUGUACGACGAACCGGAAAACUUCUCUAAGCUUGAGAGGAUAACGAAGGAGCUAAGGAAUGUCGAUGAAGAUCUAAAUGCAAUGAUCGUACGAGAUAUGUCAAGUGGAUUACGCGACUGUGAUAUAUUAAUAUUUCUUGAGGAUAUGACGAGGGAAGAGUGCAAGGAUCACGAUACUUGGUAUCGGGAGAAUUACGACCGUAUGAAGACAUUGUCGCAGCAAAUUAACGAGUACGCCCCAUGUCAGAUUAAGAUCGUAUUCUGCUCCGCGGGUCCGACGUGCCUCUGCGCUACCAUCCUGCGGAAUCUCGCAGCGAAGUCACCCGAAACGAGUGUCGUUGUUGUUAGCGCUCACUACGGAUUAGAAGUAGUACAUGAUAUGACAGAGUCUCUUGACACAGAUCGGCGGGAUUUCGGCUGUCCCCCGGUAUGGGGAUUUCUGGGCAUCAGUCAAUUCGUGGAUGUGUGCCAUAUGGUUCAGAAGCGUAAUAUAUACAGUCUAGGAAAAGGCGAUACUUCAGCAGAAGCGAAGGAAAGUACAUUGAAGUUGCCAGGGGUCGAGCAAGCCGGAUUGAAAUGGUUUUGUUCUUUCAAAGAUAAUGAAAAUCGGUACGGAGAUUAUUUACGGCGUAAGAUCACUACUCAACGUCAAGUAGAUCCACAAAAAGAGAAUUUGCGAAAAUGCCGGGCCAUAUGUGAUCUAUUAAAGUUAUGGCACAAAGAAAGCGUCGGCGAUGAAAUUAUCGCUCUAGGAAUUUCGUCCGAUGGCAGUUUCGGUAUUCCGAGUGGAAUAGUGUUUUCGCAGCCGGCAUGUUUGAAGAUUUCCGACGGCGGUGCGCGAGUUUGGGUGCCCUGCGACGAUUUUCCCUUGCCGGACAUGCCUGUAUCAAUAUUUCGCAAUUUAAUCUCCACAGCUGUGGAAAUUACGCGACGGCUAAUGAGCGCGGAUACAAAAUACGAUGUUUCGAAAAUCCCGGAAAAUGAUAUGUUACCGAAAGAUGUAGUGCCUAAUUCUUGA